AUGGACAUCGGCACGCCAAAACGAGGUGGACACGCGUCGGAACUGCCUCGGAGCAAAAAACGAGCCAAAUACACCCAGGUUGCCUGUAACGAGUGCAAGCGAAGGAAACUUAAAUGCAGCGGAGAUCCAAUCUGUGCACGAUGUGCGCGCGACGAUAUAGAAUGUGUGUACACGCCGAAUGCGCAUGCGACGAGUAACGCUGUGGAAUCUGUAGGAGAGUCCAAGGAUGAUGGACUCUCGACUCGAUUCCGAACAGUCGACUACCAGAUUGAAACGCUUCGGCAUGAGAUGCGCGUGAUGGCCGCUCGUAUACGCCGGUUGGAAUCCUCAUCUAGUGGAAGCGUUGCGAACAGCGCCAUUCCCACCUCCGGAUCAACUAUCUCCACGCCGUCGAAUAAUGCUGGUCUACAGCGGAUUAUGAACCGGCCUCAGUCGCCGUCGUAUGUUGGCCCCACGAGCGCAGAGUUCGGUCUCAUGGCACGUCAAAAGUCUGUCGACGAUAGCGAUGGGGAUGACUUCGCGUCCACUGCAGCGGCUAGUCCUGUCGCGCAGUCGGAUACAGAGGCGAUGUCGAGCGAUCCGCUGGGAUGGUUGGGAUUGACGGAGGCGCUGCGACUGGUGACGGCGUAUGAGAAUAGCGUUGGGCUGAUGUACCCGUGUGUUGAUCUGGAUAGUGUACGUGCGUAUGUGGCGGAGUAUUAUCGGACUGAUGGUCGGCCGGGACCCGCGUCCCCUGUUGCCGUGGAACAGGACUGGUUCUUUGCGCGAGAUGUCGAAGUGUUGAAGAUUAUCCUGGCUACGGCGUUGUUAGUGGAAUCGCAUGGACGCAGCGAACGCGCGGCAUUUUUAGCUGAUAGUGUUGAGGAUCGGUUUGCGGGGCGGUUGAAGAUCGCGGAGGUUGAUAUGAAGGAACUACUCAUUUUAACUUUAUUGUCGAUAUUCCACUCGUACCGUGAUGACGAGGUUAUCUCCUGGCGUCUCAUCGGGAUGGCUGUCCGUGGAUCCAUGCAGCUCGGUCUACAUUGUCAAGAGACAUGGCUGAGAACAGGAGGAGUGUUCCCCGGAGAACUGCAGUGGAGAUGGGCUAGCCGGUUAUUCUGGUGUAUUUACGUACUGGACAGAAAAUGGUCAUUUGGUACUGGGUUACCGUUCGCCAUCCAGGACUCAGACAUGGACACUAAUCUUCCUGAGCCGGGCGAUUCCACGCCGUACCUGACCUGCAUGAUUACAUAUUCGCGAUUGAGCACGAAGAUCUGGGGACUUGUAGUGGGAUGGCGCAGUCGCUCUCGUUCCGCCACUUCGGAUUAUUGCUCCUAUCUCGACUUCCAAGUCCAGCAAUGGAUUCAGUCGAUUCCGCGGGAGUUACGUUUCGAUCCAUCGGAGCGUGGAUCAGGCUCUGCCCCUCAAACAGACAACGUGAUGAUGCUACAGGUUCUGCUUGCCCUCCAGGCAAAUCAACUUCGUAUCCUCGUGUACCGACAGAACUUGCUAUCUGGAGAGAGCAUCGAGACCAAUGUCUCUGGGGCUUCGGUUGCCGUCGAAACGGCUAAGAGCACCGUCCACAUGCUGGACUACUUCUCACGGAUUUCGGAGAUCUAUUUCCAGCGUCCAGAGCCGUUCAAUUACUUCCUUAUUUCGGCCCUGGCGGCACUAUUCCUAGCUGUGUUACAUGCUCCUUCACAAUUUAGUCAGGUGUGUCGUCCGGAAUUCUACGCGGCGGUCAACAUGGUUCGGAAAUCGUCGACCAGGGCCCGGACUUCUAGACGGUUACAGAAGAUUAUCCGGAGCUUGAAGCUGAUCAGGCUGAAUCUGCCACCGGGACGAGACGUACCAUGCCAUCAACGAGAACGAAAACACUCUCAACAGCAUCGAAUUGCCCAGUCAGCUUCAUUACCAACGGCUACUCCUUCGGCCAACCCCGUCUCACAACCGAAUCAGCAGCAGCAGAAUCCUGCAUCUGCGACACCCACUCCGCAGGUAGCGGCAUCUCUCUGGUCCUUCUCCCCUGCACCUACGAUGACCGACGAUCAUGCUCGAAAUGAUAAUAGCUGCGAGGACCUCACCAGUUUCUUUGAACUAGCGGGUGGUUUAUACUUUGAUCCUCGAACGGGACCGAAUGACGGGCUGGCUACGGAGACAGGAACCGAGGGGAUUGCAUUCCAGGCGGAGGAAGAAGCAUUGACGAAGGUCAUGGCUGGUUUACUCUAG